GAGCCAUGAGGAAGGCCACAUGACCCCCAUUGUACCUCACACCAUUCCAUGUCAAACUUCCGACUUUUGCCAAUUAGUUGUCUCAGCAUCGCAUUAGGUACCUGGAAAUGCAAGGAAAGGCCAUGGAUGUGGAAGAUCGGUUAUUGUUGCUGUUGCCGGAGUCGAAUUGGACGUGCGUUGCAGAGAGAAGCUUUGGUCCCAUCGGCUGUGGGAACGGGAUACAUUUUGACGGUAUCGAGGCUCAUGAUUCUUUGAAGGAGACCUAAAAUCUUUGUGAAAGUUCAUCGCAGACAACGUUGUCAAGGAGGAGGACGAAGCUUUGAGUUGAUUGAAGAAGAGGGACAGAAUAUCACAAUGGGAGCUCCUACCAAAACAGCCUCUAAGAUCCUCGUAGGGCGGCCAAUACAGGAUUCGGAACUUGAGAAGAGCAGGCAGAAAAGGGGAAACAAGUUGCGCCCGGUUCUCUUGGUAUCUGAGAUGCAUGAAAAGGAAGAGCAACAGAGGACACGGGUUGCUCCGAAGGAAAUUAUCUUUGAUCCUCCCCAGCAGAAUCUUAUGUUUGAUUACCGGGUCCAUCGUGGCUCCACGCGUGUUCCGAGCAUGCCUGAACCAUUAUCCCCUCCUCGUAAACCGAAGGUUAGGAAUGAUGUGUCCGACCUUCGUUCGAGGACACCAAUACCUCAGCUCGCCGUGUUGGAUCAUUACUUGGAGCCACUGCCAAAUCCUGAUAGAGAGGAGCUGGAUCCUUCUCCACCAAAACGUCCCAUUCCUCCCUUUGCUCCGUGGCCUCCACUUCCAGAAAAAGAAACACAGAUUUGGCCAGGAGAUUUGUUCUGGUUCGAUGACGAUGUGGAGCCCAUGCUCGAGCAGCUUGUCGGACGUUGUCUUGAGCAGGGUUACAUGGAAUGCCAAGAGAGCUUGACAAUUGAAGCGCAACGAGCUCAGCAAGAAAACUUUGAGCUCAUCCAAGCGUGCGAGCUAGAUGUUUGGCAACGCAUGCGCCUGGCGGAGAUUCGAGUGAACGAAGAAAGACUGAGACGUUUAGACCAAAAGAAAGUCGCCGACGUCUCCGAAGCAUGCUUGAAAAGCAAGGUGGAAUUGCAGCAAAUUGCUAACAGCUUCUUGAACACCCUCAAGGCUGAGGUCUUUCACAGUUUGGAAGCUAAGGGAAUGUUCUUGGAUCCGUGCGAGGAGGAGCUGAAAGCGCUUUACUUGCCCACAUUGGUGAGGAAGAUGGAGUUAGAAUGCAAUGAGAUGAUCAAUUACCGCCUGACCACGCAGCUCUUGGUGGACGAAACAGUGGAGUGUCCUAUGUAUAUGGAGAGAGCAGAGGAAGGAAUGGACCUCAUCCUUGGAAGGUUACUUGGCAUAUUGGAUUCAUGGAUUUGUUAUGAGGACAACGUGGGGAUUGAGCUGGAAGCAGCGGAGAUUGCUUCUGAGAGAAUCAUGCAGGGUUCUGUCGGGGAAGUGUGCUUAGUAACUGCAACGUCCCAUGCUGUUCUGAACGGUGCAUUAGAGGCCACAGACGAAGCAUUUGACACGGUUCACAGGUUUAUGGAGAAUGUUUUAGACCAAACCCGAGAAGACGAGCAGUUCGGAUCUUUACUGAGCCAAUUUCAAGAUGACAGAUAAAGAGUCUUAGCCGUCAAGUUUCCUUUGUUUCACGACCUAGAUAAUUUGACAAUCGUGAAAGCUAGCCAUGUAAAGUUGUACAUGUGGUAAGUCAUGCCUGCUUCUCAAUGCCCAGUUACAUAGUCAAUUAUUUAAGACAAGACUAUGUGUUGAUAAAGCCGCUCAAUGUAACAACCUGAAAAAAUUACUGAUCUCCAAAUAUCAUUGUAAAGAAGAAAUUCAUUAUGGGUAGUGCACUUGACCCUACAUAGUGCAAAAUAUGACUAAAAUGUUCUACAUUGAUGUUAUAAGUCGAAAUUCAAAAUCUGGACAUUGUUGCGAAA